AUGACAUUCACAAACACACCAGUGACGAGGCUGAUGGUGCUGGGCCUCGUAUCAGCAUCGAUUGGGGCGAGCUUGCUGGACAUUAAGCACUAUGCGUACAUCCUGAUCAGCCCGCACCUGGUGCAGUACGGGCAGUUCUGGCGGCUUUUUACGUAUCAGCUGUGCUAUACCAACUCGGCAGAGGUGCUGUUCGCCGCCAUGUCGCUCUAUAACCUACGGACAGUCGAGCGCAUGUGGGGUUCGCGAAAAUACGCUUCAUUCCUCGUCGUUGCGUCGCUCGUCACGUCGAUUGUACCGCCCGCGUUCAUGGCGGUGCUCCGGCCGCUGGCACCGAGCCUGUUCAACUACAUGCCGGGAGGGCUGACGCCCGUCAUCUUCGCGGUGCUCGCGCAGUUCCACGCCAUGGUGCCGCACAUGUACAAGUACCGGAUCGCGACGUCGGACGCGCCGCCGACGAGCGAGCCGUUCUCCGGGCUGACGCUGUCGGACAAGUCGUACCAGUACGCGCUCGCGGUGCACCUGGCGCUGCUGCAGUGGCCCGGGUCGCUGGUCGGCGCGGCGGCGGGCUGGGUGGUAGGCAAGGCGUGGCGCGGCGCGCUGCUGCCGACGCGGAUGGUGACGUGGCGGCUGCCGGGCUGGAUGGUGGGCGUCAAGACGCAGCGCAGCAGUGCCGAGUUUGAGCAGCUGCGGAGGAGGCUGGAGGGGGAGAAUGCGACGGCGGCGGCGUCGACGGGUGUUGAUAUCAGCGGGGGUGGUGGUGAGCAGCAGCAGCGGGACGGGGAUCGCAGACGAACGAUGGGCCAACAGGUUGUUGAUCAGUUCCGCGAGGCGUUAUGA